ACUCCACUCACUCUCAAGUUCUCAAGUUUACAUUGCGAUUCCUUUUCUAGAGAGAUAAAGUAGAGGGAGAGAGGAGAGAGGAGAGAGGAGAGAGGAGAGAGGAGAGAGGAGAGAGAGAGGUGUUUGAGCGUCUUUCUGCAACUUUCUAAAAUUUCAGCUUUCCAGCUAAGUGUAAAGAUUGGAGGGUGUUCUGUAUGUGGGCGAUGCAGAUAAUAUUUACAGAAAAAUAGUAGAUUGAAGAAUUUUGGAUCAAUGGGUGGGAACAGAUCCGUAGAAAAUUGCCUGAAUUUGAAGAUUUUGGUGGGAUUUAUUUUCGUUUUCGCAAUUCGAUUCUCUUGUGGAGCUACCAAUCCUAAUGAUGUUGCUGCACUACGUAGCUUGUAUGUUGCGUUGGAAUCACCUGUUCUACCGGGAUGGGUUGCUUCUGGUGGAGACCCAUGUGGUGAAGCUUGGCAAGGUGUCCAGUGUGAUGGUGGUACAACCAUAAGUUCAAUAACACUCAAUGGGGCUAAUUUGGGCGGAGAAUUGGGUGACAGCUUAGGAACAUUUUCUUCUAUCAAAUCAAUAGAACUAAGUAACAACCUUAUUGGGGGCAGCAUUCCAUCAGAGCUUCCUGCUACAUUACAGAAUUUUUUUCUUUCAGAUAACAAGUUUACCGGAAGUAUACCUAGUUCUUUAUCAUCUAUUAGUCAACUAUCAGCUCUGUCUCUUAACAACAACGGAUUAACUGGCGAAAUUCCAGAUUCCUUUGAAGGCUUGACCGCUUUGGUUAAUUUGGAUUUGUCUAGCAACAAUUUGAGCGGGCAGUUACCCCCUUCACUUAGAAAUUUGUCAUCACUUACAACACUUCAUUUGCAGAAAAAUCAGCUUUCUGGAGCUCUUGAUGUUUUACAAGAUCUUCCCUUAAGAGAUUUAAAUAUAGAGAACAACCUGUUUUCUGGACCAAUACCAGCAAAGUUGUUGAGCAUACCCACUUUUAGGCAAGCUGGGAAUCCAUUCAACACCAGUAUUGCUCCAUUACCUCCACCAGCUGCCACUGGAACACCACCACCAGUGCCACCAUUUUUCUUGGGACCGAGUUCCGAACAAACGCCACCAACUUCUGGAAGCAGACCUGGAAAUCAGGCCGAUCAUGGAAAACAGGCCGAUGGACCUUCUGCUACAAAGGAAUCAAAUUCUGUAAAGUCAAAAAGGUCUUCAAGGAUAAAAAGGAUAGUUUGGAUAUCCAUUGGAGCAGUGUUGUUGUUCAUAGUAUUGGUAUUAGCAAUCAUGCUUUUUGUGCCAAGAUGUCUCGAAAAAAUGCAAGAAACUUACAGAACAGCAAAGCGCCAUGAGAUAGCUCCAUUUACAAGCACCCGAGAGAAUCAUAGAGAUGGUGGUUCCUCGGUCCAACCUAGCAAUGGCAAAGAGAAAGCUCCGAUGGUGGCAGUUUUGAGGCCAAAUGAAGAGAAUCAACAAAGAGAAGUGGGUUCGGUUCCCAAACCAUGGAGUGAGCAUGGGGUGAAUAACAAAAAGAUGAGUGGAGCACCUAAGCCAAAUCAUCAUGAGAUAGACAUGAGUAGAUUUGAAACAGAAUUAAUGCUGCCGCCGCCGCCACCUCCUCCUCCACCACCGCCACCACCUCCUUCACGGCCUCCACCACCAUUUCAACUACCAGAGAAAGUUACUGUAAAGCCAAUUGCAGCAGCUGAAGCAACUGCAACGAAAUCUUUGACUAGACAUCUUCCUGCAACCUCUGUGAAGGCUUACACAAUUGCAUCUCUUCAGCAAUACACCAAUAGCUUUUCAGAAGAAAAUCUUAUUGGGGGAGGAAUGCUUGGUAAUGUGUACAGGGCACAGCUUCCUCAUGGAAAGUUGCUCGCUGUCAAGAAAUUGGACAAAAAAGUUGCCAACCAGCAGAAGGAUGAUCAGUUUCUCGAUAUGGUUAACUGUCUUGAUAAAAUUCGCCAUGCUAAUGUGGUUGAACUCAUGGGCUACUGUGCAGAGCAUGAUCAAAGGCUUCUCAUCUAUGAGUAUUGCAGUAACGGAACAUUGCUGGAUGCUCUGAAUUCGGACGAUGAAUUUAAGAAGAGUUUAUCUUGGAAUACCCGCAUCAGAAUGGCUCUUGGAGCUGCAAGGGCUUUAGAGUAUCUGCAUGAGGUCUGUGAACCACCUAUUAUCCAUAGGAAUUUCAAGUCCGCCAAUGUUCUCCUUGAUGAUGAACUUGCUACUCGUGUCUCCGAUUGUGGUUUGGCUCCUCUAAUAGCACCAGGAGCUUUAAGUCAGUUGUCAGGACUUCUCACAAUAUAUGGUUAUGGUGCUCCUGAAUUUGAGUCGGGAAUAUAUACUUCGAAGAGUGAUGUUUACAGUUUUGGCGUGGUGAUGUUGGAACUCUUAACAGGCAGAAUGUCAUAUGACAGGACACGGAUUCGAGGGGAACAAUUUUUGGUCAGAUGGGCGGUCCCUCAGCUUCAUGACAUUGACUCUUUGUCGAGGAUGGUUGAUCCUGCUCUCGAGGGAAAAUAUCCUGUUAAAUCCGUGUCACACUUUGCUGACAUUAUAUCCCGAUGUGUUCAGACGGAGCCAGAAUUCAGGCCGUUGAUGUCUGAAGUCGUGCAGGACCUUAUCCAAAUGAUUCGAAGGGAAUCUCCGAAUAGAUCAGGAGAAUAAUUUUGGCUCCAUCAAUAUAUAAAAACAGAUCAUUAGAAACUAAGAAUCAGCUCUCAAAUUCCUGCACCAGCUUCAGAUUACACUGAACCAAAAAAGCAAGCUGCGAAUUGAUGCCUCGACUCUAACAUAACUUGAAGUUCUCGUGUGAAGACUGCUCUCAAGAACAGAUUUUACAGUAGCCAAUUCACAAAGAUUCUUGAUCGUCUUGUCAAUUAAUCGUAGUCCUAAUGUUCAUUACAAAGUUAUUUGAUAAUUAUUGAUGCUUAUUACUGAAACCAGUGUGAAAGUAGAUGUAAUAACCAGAACCACACUACCUAUGUAUUGAUUUUAUUUACACACGCCCAUUUCAAUUUGCAAGAAGUAGAUGGAGAUCUGAGAUCCAACUUAAUUAAUUUCGAUUAUGCGUGCGUAUAAACUCUAUAUAUAAUAUAUUUUGCUGGGAAUUUUACUGUUA